AUGCGGUCUUCUCAAUACAUUCCCUUUUUCUUACCUUUCUCUUUGGCCUGGCCUUUUCAAAAGCACCAAGGUUAUGGCACAUCCUCGUCUCAGCUUCAUAAGAAUCUUCAAGAUGCGUGGUAUACCGAGUACUCCAAGGACAGUGAGAACGAGGUGACUACGCUGCCAGCGAAGAAAGGACCUGCGGCCCCCCACGACCCCGCGAACGUCUAUAGCUGCGCUGGACCAAAGGCCAAAGACUUCCCUGGAAAGGACGACUGGCUCACCUUCGACCAAAUAUGGGAGAUCAAUGAAGCUGUCAUUGAAACUGCGAAUGGCGGGAACGACUACAACGACUACCUCCAGACCGCCAUCAAGGAGGUUGCUUUCGACAGCAAAGUCGAUGCACGGCUAAUUCUGGCUAUAAUCAUGCAAGAGUCCAGCGGCAACGUCUCCAUCCACUGCACCGAAGGCACCGCCUGCGGCCUGAUGCAACACCGUGGUUCUGCACGCUUCGACCCAUCCUCCCCUAGGACCAGUAUUAAAGCCAUGAUUGAAGAUGGCACCUACGGCACGCCCAGCGUCCCCGGCUUCUUGUCGUAUUUUAACUGCGAUGCUUCUUCCCCUUCCGAGCUGACGUGGAUCAAUACGCAGCUCAUUAAUGGGAAUCCGUAUGCGGCUGCUUACGUGUAUAACACGGGUCACAUUGAUAAUGAGGAUUUGUCGACUGAUAGGGGAAAGAGCAAUUACUAUGCUCAUGAUGUCUUGAGCAGACUGCAGGGGUGGAACGGGUGGAAGGCGGGGUGUGAGCAGAGCAGAAAGUGUAACGGAUUGGGCUUUCAGGAGAGGAGUUGUUGGUAG